GUCUUUUUGACUGUUUUGGUUCUUUCACCGCCCAAAAAGUUAUAAGCGAGAAGCGAGAGAGGAAUCCCAUACCCAAAACAUCCCAGCCGAGACGUCGACCUCACUCUGCAGAGAGCAUUGCAUCCUGCGAUCACAAUACAGCAACCAUGUCGGGCCGCACUCUUCCCACCCUCACCAUCGACGAGGUCGAAUCGCACAACUCGGCAAAGUCUUGCUAUGUCACCAUUGGCAGGAAUGUCUACGACGUGACCGACUUCCUCGACUCCCACCCCGGCGGUGCUGAUCUCGUCCUCGACUGGGCCGGCAAGGACAUUGGCGCCAUCCUCAAGGAUGAAGCAUCGCAUACCCACUCCGAGGCCGCAUACGAAGUCCUCGACGAGUCGCUGGUGGGAUAUCUAGCAUCAGGAAACGGCGCUGCGGCGAACGGAGAGGCGAAGGACGGCGAGAACGGAACAGAACAGCAAUGGGUUCAUCCUCGGACGGGUAUGUCCUGCGAAGAGGACCUCAGCAAGGACACCGACUACAACGCCGAUUACAAGACACACAAGUUCCUCGACUUGAACAAGCCGCUGUUCAUGCAGAUCUGGAACGGUGGUUUCUCCAAAGAGUUCUAUCUCGACCAGGUUCACCGUCCGCGCCACUACAAGGGAGGAGAGUCGGCGCCUUUGUUUGGCAACUUCCUUGAGCCUCUGUCCAAAACACCUUGGUGGUUGAUCCCGCUAGUCUGGUGGCCACCCAUCUCGUACGGUGUCUCCGUUGCAUUCCAGGGCUUUGGCAGUGUCGCUCCCGUGGCCGGCUAUUUCGGAUUUGGCCUCGCUUUCUGGACUUUGAUCGAAUACAUUCUGCAUCGCUUUUUGUUCCACCUUGAUUACUACCUUCCCGACAACCGCGUCGGCAUCACCGCGCACUUCCUCCUUCACGGCAUCCACCACUACCUGCCCAUGGACAGGUACCGCCUCGUCAUGCCGCCCACUCUCUUUGUCGUCCUGGCUGCUCCCUUCUGGAAGUUUGCCCACGCCAUCCUGUUCUACAACUGGUACGCCGCCACGGCCGCCUUCUGCGGUGGUGUCUUUGGCUACACCCUUUACGACAUGACGCACUACUUCCUCCACCACCAGAACUUGCCCGCCUACUACAAGGAGCUCAAGAAGUACCACCUUGCCCACCACUUCCUCGACUACGAGAACGGCUUUGGCGUCACCAGCGCCUUCUGGGACAAGAUCUUUGGCACCGAGCUUGUGUACAAUCCCAAGACGAACUAAGUGCCGCUCCUAGGUGAACCUAGUUCGGAUAUUGAACUCUCUUCUUCACACACACAGCCCGACUAGACCUUUGCAAGGCGUCGUUGGAGUACAUACUUAUUUGAAACAACCAUUUUGUAAUGAAAGAAAGAAGGAAAAACAGAGUAUGUACAUGGGAUAGGAUUCAUGGAGUAUUGACGCCGUACGUAGGCACGGGUGGGCAGGAUAUCUCAUAUCACGGGUUGGGCAGCUGGGGAAUCA